AUGUCUGGAAAUGUGUCGAUAAGAUCAAUCCUCAAUGGCAAUAAUACCUUCAAUGGGACGAAUUUCCUCGAUUGGGAGAUGAAUGUGAGGAUAGUCCUCACUCAUGAGAAGAUCCUCUAUACCAUAGAGACACCUCUUCCUCCCAAACCAUCACUCGAGGAUGCCGUAGCACAUGAGGCCUGGAAGACACACAAGGGUGAUAUGAUCACUGCUCAGUGUAUCAUCCUGGCAGCCAUGACCCCGGAACAUAGGCGUCAACAUAAGGGUUAUACUGCCUAUGAGAUCAUGGCUAGGCUCAAGGAUCUCUAUGAGGAGCGAACUAGGCAUGAACGUUAUGACGUUGCCAAAAAGCUCUUCAGGUGCCGUAUGGCUGAGGGAUCAUCUGUUGAAAAGCAUGUCACUGAGAUGAUAGGCUAUAUUGACAGAUUGUCAGAGCUUGGUAUGGGUAUGGAUGCAGAACUUACCUUUGAUUUUGUGCUACAGUCCCUUCCUGAUUGUUAUGGACAGUUCAUCAUGAAUUUCAAUAUGAUGAAUAUGGAUAAAACUCUUGGAGAGUUACUGUCCAUGUUGCGGGAGGCUGAGCCUAAGAUAAACAAGAAGGCUAAGGGAAGUGUUCUCUUAGUUGGAGGUCCCAAGGGGUGCAAAGGCAAGCCUAAGAGUAAGAAAGCCAAACAGAAGAAGAGUUCUUCCAUAGCGCCAUCUGGAGGAGUCCAGAAGACCAAAGCCCGUAAGGGCAAGGAGGAUGCGAUACUGGAUCUGGUGCUCACAUUUGCACUUCUAUGCAAGGGCUUAGAGGUACGAGACGAUUGA